CCCCCUGCGGCCGCGCCGGUACUGCAGCACAGCCUGCCAUAGUUCCGCGCACCCCAGCUUUCACCAAUCAUAACUCGCCAAUCCGGUCACAUGACGGGCUAAGAUUAGAGAGGAAGGUAGCCAUGUUUGUAGGCAUUGUGUGGCGAGUGGUUCAUGGUAGUCCGCCCAAAUUAUCGCAAUCCGUGGACAGACAGCAGCGCCGGAGCGUACAACGGUGAUCUCGGGUCAAUAGAAAAGGGUUAGAUCCAAGCCACACUGGCAACGUGAAGCCUCAUCUACAGCACUUAAGGCAAACGUUUCCAUGUCUUCGGAUUCCUAACAGCAUUUCAAGAGAUUCCCCAUAGGUUAUAUGCAGCUGUAGAUUCCAAAAGGCACAGAGAUGGGUGUCCGACAGGCCAAACCUGUGGCUAAACUUCCAGACGAUCUGCGCCAAGAGGCUGAAAAGUUUCGAGUUUACAACUUCCCAUUUGAGAACCUCGUGUUGGAAGGAGGGGGAGCCAAGGGGACUGCCUACAUAGGUGCCAUGAUGGUCCUAGAGGAUGCUGGGAUAAUGGAAAAUAUCCACAGAUUUGCUGGAACCAGCGCAGGCGCGGUAACAGCCGGUUUGAUGUCGAUUGGGAUGACGUCAGAAGAGAUUGUGAAAGAGAUGGAAAAUGUGGACAUGGCCAGAACACUUAUGGACUCGCCAUGGUGGUCACGUGGCCCACUGAGGCGUCUUUUCUUUGUUUGGAAAGUCUUCAAGGCCUUCGGUCUGUACGCAGCUGCGGGGGAUAGAUUCCUCGAGUGGUACGGUGAACUUAUCCACAGGCAUCUUGAAAAGCACCACAUACAUAAAGGACUGGGCAAGAACAUAAAUCUUCAGCAGCUCCGUGACGUCUUAGGCAAAGAGCUCUGUACUGUCACCUACGACUUGACGUUCGGUAUCGAGAUAUACUGCCACGCCAAGACCACGCCUCUCUGCACUGUUCGCCAGGCUGUCAGACAGUCCAUAUCGUUGCCAGCGGUGUUCGUUCCCUACAAGUUUGAAGACGAGCCCGAUCUGUACAUAGAUGGUGGCGUUUGUGUCAACUUCCCCAUCUAUUGCUAUGAUGGAUGGUGGCUAUCUAUGGACGACCAAAGCAGCUUCAAGAGUCGCUUGGAAGAUGAGACGGACGACAUUAAAACAACGAGCUAUUUCUACAAGCAGUGCAACGAAGCACGUUUCCAGUCCCCCAAUGUUUCGGAAGAGGAAAGCAAACAACAACUGCAAAAGACUCUUGGAUUGAUGGUGUACUCCAAGACGGAUAGAAAAGCCUAUCAACACGUGUUCAGCAAACGACUUGACGUAUUGACGAAAGGGUAUAAAAUCGACAUGAAGAACGACAGGCCAAGAAAAACAAAACUAGCAAAGUACGUGGUGUUUCAAAUACGUGAAAGGAGGUACGAAAAGAAGGAGAAGGACCGAAACAAGAGGAUGGAAGAUGAAAAGAAGAAAAUGGAGAAAAACUAUGAUGCAAAGAAGCAACGUCUCGAAGAGGUUCUGAAGGCGCCACAAAACAGGGAAGACAUGUUCAAAUGCUUCAAAGAUAAGUUUCCAAAAGAGGAGCUUCGAGAGUUCGUUGACGGAGAAGAUUCUUACGAAGUGGUUUUCGAUGCCUUGUUUGCACAGUACCCAGGUGGACCGGUAACAGAUAAAACCAUUAAAGGUAUCUUCCACAACUGGGAGCCGUUCAGAAAGAAGCUGCUGGAUGUUGUGCCUCAGCGAAUCAUCGACACGCCAGCUGAACUGAACACCGCGUAUCUGGAGCUGUUGGGGCAAAGCAAACCAAUCAAGGAGGAGGAUGUUGGUAGGUGUAUCGCCAUUGACGUAGACUACGUGGGAACCAUGGACUUCAACAUGGAGCCAGAGGACCAGACCUUCCUCAUGAAGCAAGGAGCUCGGGCGGCACUCGCGUUUCUUGAAGAUUAUGUGAAGAGAAAUAAUCUUCAGCCUUCCAAGAGCAGUCCGAAGAGCCCAAUGAUGGUUACUGGUGUAUAGGUAUUGCGAUGUCUAUGAAGGGAUAACACAGAACAGUUAUGUGUAUUUUAGGCUAUUUUUUUAGUGUAAACUUAAAUGCGAUCUCCAUAGUCCAGAUUUUCUUGGAUCGUAAAGGACUUUUGACCAUUAUAUUUCUGUCACAAAUCGUAGGUUAGUGGUAAUUUUCAAUGGUCUCUUCUUGAACCGUAUUUCAUGAAAAAUCGUGUCGAAUGAAAAAGACGUCUAACAUCUAACAUCUAUCCAUCCAUCCAUCCAUCCGUCCGUUUAUUUAUCAUACAUCCAUUUGAAACUGAAAUAUGUCUUUUAGAUGAUCACAAAAAACAAGCAUGAAUGUACGCGCGCAUCAAUGUAUUUCUGCUGCAUUGCGCAAUUGUACAUGUCAGAGUUGAUUGCUACCAAUGUGAGGACACCCGGGUUUACCCACAUAUUAUUAUGAAAUCACAAUAAAAGAUGUUACAUGUUUCUGUAUGAAUUGUAUAGUCGUAUUUUCGAUAAAAGAUAAUAAAAGACACGACGUUG